AUGUUUGAGUAUGUCCGUAUCUGGCUCUCAGUUUCUAACGACCACUUACUACAGGUGUUCCUAGCUGUGCUUGUCACUUUGGGAAGUGGUGCCCCACAAGGGUACAAAUUAGAUAAUCCCUCCAGACCUGGACUGACAACAGGGCCAGGAUUCUCCUCUGGAGUGGGAAUUACAAGUGGAGCAGGAAUCUCCUCUGGAUCCGGAUUUACAACUGGAUCAGGAGUUACAUCCGGCGGAGUCUCGGCUGGAGUAAGCUUUACCGCUGGAUCUGGAGGACAUUCAUUCGGAUCUGGAGGACUUUCACAUGGAUCCGAUGGACUUUCCGGAACGGGAGCUUCUACUGGAGCCGGAGGCUUUACUGGUGCUGGAGCUACUAGCGGAUUGAUUGGAGGUGGAAUUUCUUCCCUUACUGACGCCACUGCCGCUGGAUGCAAGGAGGGAGAAAUUCUGCAUGUGGAUGGAACUUGCGUAGUUCCUGAAGUGUCUAGGAAAGUUUUUGUUGUGGAUGUUCCCCAACAACAACAGCUAUCAGGUCCUCCACCAAGUGUUCCUCCUCCUAAAGUGGAUCAUAAUAUCCUGUUUGUGCGCCUUCCUGAAGAAGGUCUUGCACCUGAACCUAUCGUUAUUCCUCCACCAAGGCAAAACAAUAUUGUAUACGUUCUCAACAAGCAGAAUGAACAGGCUCAAAGGGUCAUUGAAGUCGAAGCUCCUCCACCGUCAGAGCCCGAAAUCUACUUCGUCAACUAUGAUGAUGGAGAAAAUCCUACUCUUCCUGGAGGUAUCGAUCUUCUUACUGCUCUUGGAUCCGCUGCCGAGACUGGCGGAGAAGUAAUUGGUGUCGUAGGAGGCGCUGGUACUGCUGGAGGUAUUGGAGGAGUCUCAGGUCUGCAAGGAGGAGGCGCCGGAGAGGGCGGCAUUGGCGGAAGCGGCGCUGGUCUUGCAGGUGGCGUGGGCGGAAGUACCGGACACGGCGGUAUUAGUGGAGUUUCUGGCCUUGGAGGUAACCAAGGAGUUUCUAGUGGCGUAUUUGGUGGAAACGUAUCAAAUGGUGGAUUUGGAAUCAGCGUUGGAAGUACCGGUGGACAAGUCCGACCAGGAUCCCAGGGUAAUUUUGGUUCCCCAUCAGGUCUAUAUUCAACACCAUAGACGAUAAAACGUCUGCUUACUGAAUUGUACAAGAAAUCUCCAUUAUUUAUUGAAAUAAAUAUGUAUUGCAUAUA